AUGGAAAACAAGUUACAUAUCCCACCAUCCUGUCCAUUAGAAGCAACUGGAAAAGAUACUUUUCCUUAUGUGUUUGUAGGGGACGAAGCAUUUGGGCUAUCAGAAAACCUAAUGCGACCUUACGCUGGACAUAAUCUUAUUGAGAAAAAAAGAAUAUUCAAUUACCGAUUAACUCGGGCAAGAAGUGCUCUGUUUGCUGAGAAUUUCACGGAUUUCAAAACCAGGACACACAGGAGUACGGACAAAGUGGUGAGCAUGAACAAAAACGGUGAAACAGAAUGCUGUGAGUCUUUGCGACUUAAGCUUGAGUUUAGGAAGUAUACUAGAGUAAUUGUAGUAGGUGUGAGAUGUGAACAGGAAGACGGGACAGCUAAGCAGUUCUGUGACUGCCCAGAUUUUGAAUCUAGGUUUGAGGAUAUUUUGACUAUGGUAAUACCACCGUGGAUAAUUAAUCCAUAUGGUGACAUAGAAGAAACGAAUGUCAUAAUACAAGAGGAACUGACUGAACUAAGUACAAACGAAGAACUUAAGGUUCAGUUUAAAAACGGAUAUCAGCAAUUCUGGCUGCAAAACAACAUACCCGUUACUUAUCCCGAAUUCAAAAAAGAAGAUGAGUAAAGUAAAUAAUAAGAAAAAAACAAAACGGGAAUACUGUGGAUGGACCUCAGAAGAUAUGGAUCAUGCAAUUAAUACAUACAAACAAAACCAAUGUGGUUUUAAUGAAUGCUGCAGGCGCUAUAACAUUCCAAAGCCAACUUUUAGAAGGCAUUUGCGCUCUUUAAAUAAAAAGGCAAAUGAAAAUGUCAAGUCUUUGGGUCGUCACACAACCUUCAGUCCUGAAACUGAAAUGGAAUUGGCAAAACAUAUUUUGAAGCUGGAAGAAAGAUUUUUUGGUGUAACAAUUCGGGAUGUUAGACGAUUGGCUUUCCAAAUAGCU